CAACUCUUUCCGACAUCUUCAGAUCUCCUACAAACCGUUAAAGCCUGCAUCAUAGAGUCCCCAAAAACCAUGACUUCCCAAAAUUCUCAACUCCAUCGACAAAAAAAUGAUCAAGUGUUCCUCAUCGCCACCCCAGCAAUGGGAAUGCUUACUCCAGCCGUCGAAUUCGCUCGCCGCCUAGUCCGCCGCUGCCCCGGCCGCCUCUCCGCCACCGUCCUCCUCAUCUCCGUCCCCCACUGGCCCACUAUCCACUCCUACACCCAAUCCCUCCUCGCCACCUCAUCCCCUGACCUGAACUUCGUCCUUCUCCCUAACAUGGACCCUCCCUCACCCGAUCACUUCAACUCCUACGUCGCACACACGUUCGCCCUCAUAGACCAGCACAAACCCCACGUCAAAAAUGCCAUCGCCGAGUCAAAGCAACGAGUCGUCGGCCUGUUCGUUGACUUAUUCUGCACGUCCAUGAUCGACGUCGCCGAUGACCUCGGCGUUCCUUCUUACCUCUUCUUCACGUCGCCGGCUGGGUUCCUAAGCUUCGUACUCGACUUGCCGAUUCUAGACUCGCAACUCGCUUCUGAGUCGGUCGCUGAGUUCAGAAUUCGGGGCUUUGCCAACCCGGUUCCGCGCCGGGUUCUGCACAAGACCAUAUUGGAUCGUGGAGAUGGGUAUUCUCGAUAUUUGUACCAUGCGCGAAUGUAUAGGAAAACGAAGGGCAUUGUCAUAAAUACACUGCGAGAGCUAGAAUCCUUCGUACUAGACUCGCUCUCUACCAGCGGAUCAGUACCAAAGGUUUACCCAGUUGGGCCGAUUCUAGACCUUAACGGGUCAGCCCAGUGGCAUCCGGAUAGAGCCCAGUAUGAAAAAGUUAAGAGAUGGCUUGACAAACAGCCUGAAUCUUCUGUGGUGUUCCUGUGCUUUGGUAGCAUGGGGAGUCUGAGUGGGCCCCAGGUGAAAGAGCUAGCAUUCGGGAUCGAACGGGCAGGAUUUAGGUUUAUAUGGUCAUGUCGUGAGCCACCCAAGACUAAAUUAGGUCUGCCUACUGAAUAUCCGAAUUUCGACGAAGCGUUGCCCAAUGGAUUCUUGGAACGAACGGCCACGAUAGGCUUGAUGUGCAGGUGGGUCCCACAGGUUACAAUCCUGGCCCACCGAGCAGUUGGGGGGUUCGUGUCUCAUUGCGGUUGGAAUUCUACUUUAGAGAGCAUGUGGCAUGGUAUCCCGAUUGCCACGUGGCCGAUCUACGCGGAGCAAAAUAUGAAUGCAUUUGAGAUGGUAAAGGAAUUAGGGUUAGCAGUAGAGAUUAGUUUGGAUUAUAGGCAGGGGGGCAGCGAAGUUAUAUCGGCCGAGGAAAUAGAGAAAAGGAUAAGGAUCUUGAUGGAGGGUGAUGUUGAGGUGAGGGCAAAGGUAAAAGAGAUGAAGGAGAAGUGUAGGAUGGCAUUAAUGGAAAAUGGAUCGUCAUAUGGGUCAUUGAGUGACUUGGUUGAAGAAUUAAUAGUUAAUAAUUAA